GUUACCUUUGUGAAGCGGCCGUGCAAGCAGGUCCGAGGAGGGAGGGAGGGAGGGAGGGUAUUGGCAACACGUGAGAGCAUUCUUGUUCCAUCAUGACACACCAACCACUGGCAUGGGUGGGUGAAGGUGAUAGAAGGUUAGGGUCACAGGCAAACGUGCGGAAUAGCAGAUCUGGACACUGCAGGAUAACCAUGGACAGGCAAUUCAUUUCGUCCUACAUUUUUGUCGUCUUCGUUAUCGCUACUUUCAUGGGCACUCUUCCUGAUCUUGCUCACACUGUUCAAGCCAGCAGUCCUCAAAGCGAUCGUGGGGCUGUCACCGUGACCGAGGGUUCAAACUAUGUGCUGCUGUCCAAUGGCAUUGUGACGGUUGAAUUCAGCCGUGGAGGCCUCCUAAACGAGUCCGCCGACGCGAAUGGUGAUUCAGACAGCAACUCCACUUGGUCCAUCUUAGACUUCCCAGAAAAUCUGGGCUCUGAGAACUUCAGGACAACUUCCGCUCCUUUGGUACAAGGAGGAAACGGGUCGGCCGGUUCCGCUGCUUCCGGUAAUCGGAAUCCCGGAGGAUAUUACGACAUGACUUGGGCGAGUUGUGACGGCCGAGAAUGUGCUGCGUAUGAGCGGUUCUCUGCCGAUGAGUACCGCCGAAUCACUCCUGAGUCGGUCACAGAUCGUGUGGAGAUAUCCUUUGUGCAGUUUCCCACCAAGGAACAGAGGGGGGCUCCUGUGAAGAUUGACAUGCGGUACGUAAUGCAUCGGGGAGAUCGGGGCUUCUACAGCUACCUCGUCCUUGACCAUGCGGGAAAUGACUCAACGAUCCACAUCGGGGAGCUGCGACUUGUCUUGCGGCUGAAUCGUGACAAAUUUGAGUAUGCUGCAUUGGCCCACGAUCGGCGGCGACACAUGCCAGGAGAGAUCGAUCGGUCGCCUGAACGCAGCUCAAAGCUGGCAUUCAAGGAGGCCCGGCUCCUCACAAACCCCGUGAAUCCCGAGUUCAAGUACGAGUUCGAGCACAAGUACCAUUACACGGCGGAUAUCAAGGAUAUGCAGGUGCAUGGUUGGGUCGGUCCCACAUCAAACCCUGCUGUAGGGAUGUGGCUGAUCAGUCCCAGCCGCAUGGAGUACAUGGGGGGUGGGCCAGAGAAGCAGGACCUCACAGUUCAAGUGGGACCCAUCAUACUCAACAUGCUUCAUUCUGGUCAUUACGGGACACCGGCAGUUUCUAUCCUGCAUGGUCAGGCGUGGAGAAAGACGUAUGGGCCGUACUUCUUUUAUGUGAAUGGCGAGCCAGUCUGCUCAAGCUCUUCUGGAGAAGAAGCCUAUCAUGGCUGUUUGUGGAAGGAUGCAUUGUCGCGCGCCGCCAAGGAAGAAAGUCUUUGGCCUUACCACUGGGCAGUGUCCUCGGACUAUCCCGGCAAAGGUUCGCGCAGCUCCGUUUCCGGAACAAUUCACGUCGAAGAUCCUGAGUGGGACAAAACAACUUUUGGCAGAGGCACUGACAAUUCAUGGGUUGGCCUUGCCGCUGAGGGACGGCCCGGGACUUGGGCUGCCAGUUCCAGUGGCUAUCAGUUCUGGGCCAAGAUCCAAAGAAAUGGCCAUUUUCACAUCCCAAAUGUCAGGCCAGGAUCGUACUCCCUUUUCGCGUACGUCCAUGGCGUAAUUGGUGAUUUUGUUCUUCAAGAAAAGGUAGUUGUUGGCAGUGAGGGUGGUCCCAUCGACGUGGGACGCAAGGUAAUUCGGCCUCCCCGAAACGGUCGUACCAUCUGGUCUAUCGGCAUCCCAAACCGGUCGUUUGGCGAGUUCUUUGUCCCUGUGCUAAACCCUCGGAGUCAACGGCCGUAUCCGAGCACAGGUCCAAACAGUUGGAGAAAUUAUGGGUCUUGGCUAAGAUACACGGAAGUAUAUCCCGACGGCGAUCCCGUCUUCCACAUCGACCGCAGUGACUACGCACGCGACUGGCGGGCGAAGGUGCCAGAGACUGGAAGUCGAUGCAGAGCAUGGCUGAAGACACGGAGACGGUGACGAUGUGGAGGUGGUCUGCGAUUGCCACGGUGGUG